CCUCCCAUCCUCCCUCCACCCCGCCCCGGGCCCCUCCCGGCGGCUCACGACGCACCCUACCUCCGGCCCUCCCGGGUGACGACGGGUAGGGAAGAAGGCGGAGCGGGGAGGGGAGAGAGCUGAGCUGGGAGGCCGCUGCGCUGCAUUCUGGGAAAGUGGCCGCUCGGCUCGCCGCGCCGCCUCCUGGGAGUUGUAGUCUCAAUCCUAGGCAACUGGUGUGUGUUCCUGGGUGUGCGGAAGGUUGGUUGCCUUGGGGAACCUACUGAGGGUUAGUGGGCUUCUUUUGACAGUUGCGUGGCCCUUCCGUCCAAGCCGGGCUUCUGAUUCCGCCUUGCGUGUUUAUGACGAGCCCUCGGUCCCCGCGAACCAGGACGUGAGAACCCUCAGGUAAUAAAGAAGAAAUCACUUUGUGUACAUCAUGGAUAGCACAAAGGAAAAGAGUAGCAGUUACAGAGAUGGUCUCCUACUUAGGAUGGGACUGAAUGAUAACAAAGCAGGAAUGGAAGGGUUGGAUAAAGAGAAAAUUAACAAAAUUAUAAUGGAAGCCACAAAGGGGUCCAAAUUUUAUGGAAAUGAGCUCAAGAAGGAAAAGCAAGUCAAUCAGCGGAUUGAAAGUAUGAUGCAGCAGAAAGCUCAAAUUACCAGCCAGCAGCUGAGGAAAGCACAGUUACAGGUUGACAGAUUUGCAAUGGAAUUAGAACACAACCGGAACUUGAACAAUACCAUAGUUCACGUUGACAUGGAUGCUUUCUAUGCGGCUGUGGAAAUGAGGGACAAUCCAGAAUUGAAGGAUAAGCCCAUCGCUGUCGGGUCGAUGAGCAUGCUGUCUACUUCAAAUUACCAUGCAAGGAGGUUUGGUGUCCGCGCAGCCAUGCCAGGGUUUAUUGCCAGGAGACUCUGCCCACAGCUUAUCAUAGUGCCCCCAAACUUUGACAGAUAUAGAGCUGUGAGUAAGGAGGUUAAGGAGAUACUUGCUGAAUAUGAUCCCAAUUUUAUGGCUAUGAGUCUGGACGAAGCCUACUUGAACAUAACAGAGCACUUACAGAAAAGGCAAGAUUGGCCUGAGGACAAAAGAAGAUAUUUUAUCAAAACAGAAAACUAUAUAAAAAUUGAGGAGGCUGACAAGCUGAGCGAGCAGGACCGGCCCAUCUCUCCUCUGCUCUUCGAAGAUAGUCCUGAUUUGCAGCCCCAAGGAAAUCCUUUCCAGCUGAGCUCUGAAGAACAAAACAGUCCUCAAAUGCCCCAAAAUUCGGUUGUUUUUGGAACAUCAGCUGAGGAAGUGGUAAAGGAAAUUCGCUUCAGAAUUGAACAAAAAACAAUGCUGACGGCCAGUGCAGGCAUUGCUCCCAACACAAUGUUAGCCAAAGUGUGCAGUGACAAGAACAAGCCAAACGGGCAGUACCAGAUUCUCCCCAGCAGGAAAGCAGUGAUGGACUUCAUUAAGGACUUGCCUAUUAGAAAGGUCUCUGGAAUAGGAAAAGUUACAGAGAAAAUGUUAAUGGCCCUUGGAAUUGUUACAUGCACAGAUCUCUACCAAAAGAGAGCAUUGCUCUCCCUCCUUUUCUCUGAAGCAUCCUGGCAUUACUUUCUCCACAUCGCCCUGGGUCUAGGUUCAACAGACCUGGAGAGGGAUGGAGAAAGGAAAAGUAUGAGCGUUGAAAGGACAUUUAGCGAGAUAAGUGCGGCUGAAGAACAGUACAGCCUGUGCCGAGAACUGUGCACUGAGCUCGCCCAGGACCUCCAGAAGGAAGGACUCAAGGGGAGAACCGUGACCCUUAAGCUGAAGAACGUGAAUUUUGAAGUAAAAACUCGCGCGUCUACGGUUCCGUCUGCUGUUUCUACUGCAGAAGAAAUGUUUGCCAUUGCUAAAGAGCUGCUAAGGACAGAAGUUCUGUCAGCUUCUCCACAUCCCUUGCGGUUAAGGCUGAUGGGUGUUCGGAUGUCUACUUUUUCUAAUGAAGAUGACAAGAAACACCAACAAAGGAGCAUCAUUGGCUUCUUACAAGCUGGAAACCAGGCUUUGUCACCUACAGGGUGUGUUCUAGACAAAGCUGACAAGACUGAGUUUGUAAAGCCUUUGGAAAUGUCUCGUAAGAAGAGUUUUUUUGAUAAAAAGCGAUCAGAAAGGAUCUCGAACCAUCAAGACACACCCAGAUGUGAAACUGUCGGUGAGCAAGCACUACAGACCUCACAGCCACUCCAGGCAUUGAAGACAAUGGGUGAGAGCAAAACAGCAGAGAAAUCAAGUAACUGCCAGACAUUUGAGUGCCCAGUUUGCUUUAGGAAGCUAGAAGGUGUUAGUCUGGAUGCCUUUAACGGACAUGUAGAUGCAUGUCUUGAUGGACCAUCAGCCAGUGAGGACUGGGAAGUGCCCUGUUUCUCAUAUGCUUCUUCUGCAGAUGUUGGGCAGAAGGAAGAGGCUCGACGUUCCAGUCCACUGCAUGAGAAGCAAGAGCCUGAGGAUGGACAGACCUCCUCAGUAGAUGCUGUAGGUCUGGUGGAGACUGAAGGCAGCUCAUUGAAAGCAGCAGGCGUGGAUACUUCAGGGCACUGUCGCAGCAAAGAAUAUUCUGAUGUUCCAGACCAGCCCUGUCCUAGUUCGUUGGCAAAUGAAACUGUCAGUAUAUUAAGUAGGCAGGCGUCCGCAGAGCCCUGUACAGAUGCGCAAGGAACAGGCCAGACUCUAGUUUGUCCUGUCUGUAACCUAGAACAAAAGACUGCCGAUCUUACCCUCUUCAACGUGCACGUGGAUAUUUGCUUAAAUAAAGGCAUUAUCCAAGAGCUGAGAAAUAGUGAAGUCAACUCAGUUAACCAACCCAAAGAAAGUUCAAGAAAUACUGACAGGCUCCAGAAGGCUUCAGGAAGGACGAAAAGGCCAGGACCGAGGACAAAGGGCUCAACAUCGAAGAAAACGAAACAAAGCAGUCCCAGACACACCCUUGAUAAAUUUUUUCAAUGAACUUUGAACAUUUUAUCAACAUUUUAUUGCAAUUGUUAAUUUCAUAAUCAAUGUAUUUACUCCUCCUUAGUUUAAAUUUAUUUAUUUAAGGAAGGCAAGUGCAAUAACACCUCCCCGCAU